AUGCCCGGACUGCGGGAUCCCCAUCACAAAAACAAAUGUAGCAAGACACAGGAACACGGCGUGUCCGGGGAGUGGCAGUCGAGACCCCCAGGGGUUGUAAACGACUUACAAGACAAGAUGAUGAUGAUGAUGAUGAUGAUGAUGAUGAUGAUGAUGAUGAUGAUGAUGAUGAUGAUGAUGAUGAUGAUGAUGAUGAUGAUGAUGAAGAGGAACAAAAGAGAGAAGAGACAGCGAAGGCAAAGAGAGCGACAUGAGAAGUGGAUGAAGGACGCAAGAAACAAAGGAAGGGAGGAGACUACCACGCUAUGGGCUUGGAAUAUCCAAAGGGCGCGAGUUAGUUUCCCGAAAAGAAACAGAUUCGCGGAGAUUGUUAAAUCCAUAGCCAACAGCAAGGCGGAAGUGGUAAUGAUGAGCGAACUCCAAGAACAAGAAGAAGGCUUCAAAUGGAUCAAGGCCAGGGAGAUUUUCGGAGUAUUGAUCCAUGGAAAAAGAAGUGGCAUUUUCCUAAGGGACCAGUGGGCCUCGAAAUGGGCAGAUCAAGGUUAUAGGAGAAUAAUCCGGGAGAGAAGCAUCUCGAUAGACGUGGAUGGCUACCGGUUUAUCUCGACAUAUCAACCACUCUGGGAAGGCCUCAGUAUCGAGUUCAUGAGGUACAGAGAGGAGCUCUCUACCCUAAUCGAGAGCAAGGACAUGGUCAUAAUAGGGGGCGACUUCAACUCAGUGGUAGGGGAGAGUGCUACCAGGGGGGCGGACCAGACGGCGGGUAUCCACGGUUUAGGCAAGACAAAUGCAGCGCGUAUGAACCUACUGGAAUGGUGCCAAGAGAAUAGCCUAGCCUGGUGCAACUCCUUUUUCAGCCACAAGAGGAGAGGAACAUGGAAUCAUCCCAAGAACAAAACAUGGCAUGAAAUAGAUGGCUUCAUUAUGAAACAAGAAGACCGGGCAAAACGCGCACGGAGGAUUUUCACGGUACCGACGAGCAAGAAUCUAAGCGACCAUAGACCGAAAGCGAUGUGCUGUACCCUGAAUAACUUUCUUGACAGGAAGCGCAAUAACAAGACCAGCCAACCCAAGAAGAAAAUAGACUGGGAAAAACUAAGAACGAUAACAAAGGCAACGGAAUACGCCAAUAAAUUAGCUACAGAAGAGCUCGAAAACUGGACACAAACAGCAAAGGCGAUGAAGAGAGUAGGAGAAGAAGUGUGCGGCACAGUAGAAAAAAAAACCCUAAACCCCGCGCUGGAUAGGCACAAAGAGGAAAUAGAAAGGGCUCAAAAGAGAAUAUGCGAACUAACAGCUCGAGCACAAGACGGAAACGAAGCAGCGAAAGAAGAGAGACGGAAAGCCAGAAAGGAUUUCAAAAGACAGAAGAAAGGUUGGGAAGAAGAAUGGUGGCUAGAGAUCGUCAACGAAGCCAAAAGAGCCGAAACUAGCGGCGAUAUGAGAAUCCUGUAUAAAACUUUGAGAAGGAUUGGCAUCAAAGACAAUAAUAGCUGUGUUGAGGACGAAUUCUUCAGCCCGGAGGAAUACAAAGAGCAUUUCAUGCAAGUCUCGGCAACGAGAUAUGACCGACCGGAGGAAGAAAUUAAAUCCUUAAUCGAUAGUCUGGAACAAAGAAGGGACACUGUGGCACGAGAAGCAGCACGGAAAAUAGAAAUGGAAUUCACAGUGCAGGAAGUGGAGCGAGAAGUUGCUCUCAUGAAGGACGGCGCGUCAGGGAUUGACGGAGUGCGCCUAAUUGGGAUCAAUGCCGCUGACAACACAACAAAAAGAGAAAUUUUCAAGAGCGUCAUACAACUGCUUGAAACAGAUCCAAACACCUGGCCUGAGGAAACCAAAGAAGGAUGGGUGGUACCCAUUCACAAGAAGGGCCCAAAGAACGAUCUACAAAACUACAGAGGCAUUUGCCUCCUUCCUUUAGCCAGCCGGAUCAUAGCCAGAGUACUGGCCUCCAGGAUCAGACUAUGGGCGGAAGAGAUUGGGGCACUAGACGAGAAUCAAAAUGGCUUCAGGAAGAACAGAUCGACCGCGGACGCGACACAGACUAUAAUCAGAAUCGACGAAGAGACAAGUAGAGUUCUGGGAAGGUCUAACCACCAUAACCCGAGAGGACCAGGAGCUGUACUCUUGGACAUAAAAAAGGCGUACCCGAGAACGAACAAACCACUUUUAUGGGGGAUACUAGGAAAGCUAGGUAUGCCUCCAAGCAUCUUAGAAAUCCUGAAAGGCUUACAUGAGAACACACAAUACCGAGUAAAAGGCAAACAGGAGCUGAGUACACCAUGGACGCCACAAAGGGGCCUUCGCGAAGGUUGCGCCACCUCGCCCAUUCUGUUUAAUAUUUAUCAUGCUACAUCCAUGAGGCAAGCCCAAAUGGAUCGGAUAAAGGAGUCAAAGGAAGAAUGCGGCUCGAAGUGGACCUGGAGACCGGGAAACAGCCUCCCCCCUGCGACGUCCCAAAGGAACCUACGGAGCAGCAACAGGAUUGAAUUCCAGAUACUGGACUCGCUGUUUGCGGACGACUCCACUCUGUUAGGAAGUAUGGAAGAGCUCAGUCGAGGUAAAGAGACAAUUAAGAAAACGAUGCUGAAGUAUGAAGAAGUGUGUCACAAUGGGAAAGAAGAAUUCAUAAUGUUUGGAAGCGAGGCAGCGGACAGGACAAGGAUGUUAGGAACUCUAAUUGGAAGAAAGGAAGACAUAAACGCGAGGAUUAAAAGAGGCUACCAUGCUUGGUCAAAGGCCAAGAAAUGGUUAUGGAAGUCAACACUGUCAAAGAAAACCAAGGCGGUAAUUGUCCAAGCAGUAGUAGAGUCAACCAUGCUAUUCGACUGCUCGGUGAGACCUUGGACAACCACGGACAUGUCGAAACUACAAAGAGUGGCCGAUAUAGCGUACAGAAACGUAUGGAAUAAUGGGAAGGGGCUGGCGCUAUACAGGAUGCAGAAGGAAGGGGUGAAUAGUUUUGAGAUCAGAAGGCAACUAGGAAUAACAUCAAUUCGACAGAAGAUAGAAGCACGGGCACUGAAGAGGAUAGGACACGUGACGAGGAUGCCGGACACAAGAACAGUAAAGAAAAUCACUCAGGGCAACUGGACGGAAGUAGGCGAAAGACCAAAGAAUGGGAAGAACAACACUAUAACGUACUGGAAAAGAAUUUUAAAAGAGGCAGGGUUAGAUUGGACUAACAUCGAAGGUCUAACUAUGGACAGGAAAAAUUGGAAGGGUUUUGUAAACGAAAGGAAGAAGGCCAUGGAUGAAUGGGAGAACAAGAUGUGCGAAAUACACAAAGGGGAUCAGAAACCAACCAGAAGCCAAGCCGGUAAAACAGUCACGGAGGAAGGGUUCAAAUGUCGUUGGCCACCAUGCGUAAAGACAUGCCGAACAAAGGUGGGACGAGACCAUCAUGAAACACGAAUCCACAAGCGCAAUGAACUAAUAUUUGAAUGUGAAAAAUGUCACACAACUUUCGAACAAAAAGCACAAAGAACGAACCACGCCAAGCAAUGUGGAGGGGCCCCAAGAGGGACGUGCCCGGACUGUGGGAAAGAACUUAGCACGACGAACAUGGCGAGACACAGAAGAACCUACUGUUCGAGAAGACAUGACACAAUGACUCUUAGAAGCGCGAGCACACUAGCCAGGACCACAUGCCCGGACUGCGGGAUCCCCAUCACAAAAACUAAUGUAGCAAGACACAGGAACACGGCGUGUCCGGGGAGUGGCAGUCGAGACCCCCAGGGGUUGUAA